AUCACAAAUGGACGGUCGAUAUUGAACGUUAAACAAAUAAUUUAAAUUUUUAAAUAAAUAAAAAAAUAAUAAAAAAUACAAAUGGUUAAUAUGGAAAAAACUUUACACAUUUUAUCAAAUGCCACGGGCACAAAUACAGAGCUUUUAAAUAUAACACUUUCCCCCGGAGUUGAUGAUAUAGUAGUUCAACUAGAUCUAGAUCAAAAUGAGUGCGGUAAAAGCAGUCGAUCAACAAGUACGAGUAGUAUAAAUUUAAAUUCUCAUCAUGAAGUUUUUCAAGAAAUAUUACUACAGGUGUCAAAAACUCCUUAUGAAGUGACUUUUCUAAGUAUUUUACAUCAUUUGCUGCGUAUCGAUCCAAAUGGUCCAUUAUGUGGUGAAAUCUGGAAAGUGGCAGAAAAGGUACUACAUCGUGCAACACAAAUGGAAAGUGCUGAAGAUGUCGAACGUUUGCUUAUAGCAACGGUAACUCGUAAAUUUUCCUGUCAAAAUUGUAGUUUUAAGAUUGGAGAGGCAAACGAUGAAGAAUGUAAUAGUUGUGAUAAAUUGGAAUUAGCUGCAUCAACAGCAGAUUUGCCAAGUAUAUUAACAACUUCUCCGCCACCUACACCGGGGUCAGCGCCAGAACCACCUCCUCCUCCACCAGCACCUGGCUUACCGCCACCACCUCCUCCUCCACCAGCACCCGGUUUACCGCCCCCACCACCUCCUCCUUCGGGCCCUGGUUUACCUCCGCCACCUCCUCAUCCACUACAAAUGUCUUGUGCCUUAGUGCCCCAACAAAAUAUACCAAAAUCAAGCACUAAAUUAAGAAUGAUUAAUUGGUCAAAAAUUCCCGCACAUAAAUUCCAGAACAAAUCAAAUAUAUAUACUACAAUAAAAAUGAAUGAUCGACAAUGCAAAAAUGCGAUCAAUUUCAAAAGUAUCGAAGAACUCUUCUCUCUACAAACUAAGAAAAAACCUAACAAAAUUAAGGAUGAGUUGGAUGGCUGUGGCGCGGUUAAAAAAUUUGAAAAGGGUCCUAAAAAAGUACAAUUACUGGAUGGUCAGUUUAGUAUGAAUAUAAGUAUAUUCUUAAAGCAAUUUAAAGGUUAUAGUUUAGAAGAUAUUGUGCAACUAAUUGAGAAUGGCGAUAAUAAAAUUAUGGAUCUGGAGAAACUUAAAGAUUUGGUAAAAUUUGUUCAAAAGGAAGAUGGCGUCAAAUCUGUAGAAACAUUUCAAGGAGAUGAUAAACUUUUAGCAGAUGCUGAAAGAUUUUUAUAUUUACUGUUGAAAGUGCCAAACUUUAAAUUACGCAUAGACAGCAUGAUACUUAAAGAAGAAUAUGCUUUAAAUUUAACAUAUUUAGAGCCUUCCCUAAAUGCCAUAAUACAAGCAGGAAAUGAUCUUAUGAAGAGUGAAAAACUAAAAGAGGUUUUAGGCUUUAUAAUAUUGCUGGGAAAUUAUGUAAAUUCUGGCGGUUAUGCUGGUAAUGCAAUUGGCAUACAAAUAGCUUCCUUAACUAAAUUAACGGAAUUAAAAGCUAAUAAAACUGGCAUGCAUUUCUUGCAUAAAAUUGUCAUGGAACUUGAGAAUUAUAAUGCCGAACUACUAGACUUUACUAAUGAGUUAAGCUUUUUGCAAAAUGUCUACAAAGUCAAUAUUGAUGAAAUUGAAAAGGAUUUUAAAAAUUUGGAAAAUGCCUUGGAUAUUAUAAGAAGACAAAUCGAAUUGCCUACCACUCAAGAGGAUAUCAAACAGCAAAUGUCUGAAUUUUUACACAAUGCAGCAGAUAAAAUAGAGACACUGAAAAAACUACUUGAAGAAAUGAACGCUUUACGCAUAACAAUGGCUGAAUAUUUCUGUGAAGAUGUGGCCACUUUUAAAAUGGAAGAAUGCUUUGAUAUAUUCUAUAAGUUUUGUGAACAAUUCAAGCAAUCUUUAAAAGAGAAUCAAAAACGUCAAGAGUUGGAAAUACGAGAGGAAAUGAAACGCAAACAAAGGGAGGAUCAACACUUAGCUGUAAAUGUUUUAUGUGCCAAUAAAGAUCGCAUAGCACAAGCCACAUCUUGUCGUUCAUCAUCCAACAAAACUAGGCAACCAUGUAAAAAUUAUCAAAAUAAUGAAGAUGAAUUAAUGGCAUUUUUCCAAGGGACGCAAUAUAAACGUAAUGGUGAAAAAGUAUGUAAACGUAAACAACGACUAACAGCUGAAUUGUUAAAUGAAAGAGAACGUAUACCCUCGUGGGAAUAUAAUAAUGAAACUUUAACUUCAGAUAAACAGAAAAAGUUAAAUAUUGUUAAAAAGUCAUGGAUCCGAUUAAUGCAAAGCUAUAAAGACUCUCAACUCAAAGACAAAUGUCUAACACCCGACCUUACAGCCAGACGUCAAAGUAUACAAAUACUUAUACGUUCCAAUUCUACAGUGGAUAAUAGAACAAACAAGAUGAGAAAACAACCUUUUGUAGAAAAUAUCGUAAGAACACCUUUACCACAAACGGACUCAGUGUUUAUAUUCCCCGAAAAUCAACUAGAAUUCGAAAACUCCAGAAGGCAAAAUCCUAGGAUAAGGAAAAUUCUUAAUGACUCAAAUGAUAAUCACGUUAGCGAGGCCGUUGGACCCACAGCCGAAAUGAAACGCCCUAGAAUAUCUUUGAAAACCGUGGCAAACAUUGCCAGACUUAAGCGUUUCAGUUCUAUAACUGAAGAAGAUAUAAAGCUGACAAAGGCUAAUCUACGCUCACCCAGUCCAGAGCUAGCGUCCACAACGUUAUUAGCUUUUAGUCCAACUGUAGAAAAAAAAGACAAUCAUUGGUUUCCCGAUCGAGGAUUAAAGGUAUUAAAUAGUGAUAACGACAAUAUUGAAGCUAAUGCUACAUUGCAAGAGAUUAAAGAACAUAUUGAGGAUAAUAAUGUUGGUUUCAAUCAAUCAGUAGAUAUACUAUGUACCACUCCCAAUGAACUAAUACAAAAUGCAAAUAUUACUAACCAACAAGAUCUAGAAUCAAAAUUAUUAAAUAGUGGCACAGAUAAAGCUGAAGUUAAAGACACCUUACCACAUAAUAAAAUGGAAUAUGCCGAACAUAAUCCAGCUAGUUUGAACAAAGUAGUAGAUUUAACUUCCAGAGAAAUUGAACUAAAGCAAAAUAAGACAUGUAAAUUUCAAUCCGAAAUUCUAGAGCUAUUAAAUAACCAUUCUAAAGAUCAGUGUAAAGUAAAUGUAGAAACGAGUACAGAAAAUAAGGAUUCAUGUCAAAAACUCCCAGAAAUUGUUGCUCUAACAGAAAAUAAAGCUAAUGAACUUCAAACCGAAAUCCUAGAGAUAUUAAAUAUCAACUUAAAAGAUCAGUGUAAAGUAAAUAACGACAUUUUGGUAGAGCACAAUACAUUGAAAGAAACGAGUACAGAAAAUAAGGAGUCAAGUCAAAAACUGCAAGAAAUUAUAGCUCCAACACAAAAUAAACCAAAUGAACUUCAAUCCGAAAUUCCAGAGCCAUUAAAUGACGAUCCUAAAGAUCAAGGUAAAGUAAAUGAAGACAUUUUGGCAGAGAACAAUACAUUGAAAGAAACUAGUACAGCAAUCAAGGAAUCAAGUAAAAAUCUCCCUGAUAUAGUUAAUCCAACAAAAAAUAAAACUGAAAAACUUCAAAACGAAAUUCUAGAGUCAUUAAAUAACAAUCCUAAAGAUCAGUCUAAAGCAAAUAACGAUAUUUUGCCAGAGAACAAUAUAUUAAACCAAACUAUUACAAACUUUGAGAAAUCAAGUAAAAAACUGCCUGAAAAUUUUACUCCAAAUCAAAAUACAAGUAAUGAACAUCAAUUUGAAUUUCAACAGUCAUUAAAUAACAAUCAUGAAGAUCAUUCUAAAACAAAUACCGACAUUUUGCCAGACCACAAUUCCUUAAAUGAAACUGUAAGAGAAAAAGAGAAGUCGAGACAAAAACUCUCAGAAAUUGUAACUCAAACAAGCGAUAUAGAGAAAGAGAAUAGUAUUAUUUCAAAACCUAAUUGCUCGAUAAGCUUGAUGACUAAAAUACAAAACAAAUUAAGAGCUUUAUCGCCCCUACGACCAGCAAUAGUAGAACAAUUGUCAAAUUCAUCCGGUAAUAAUGCUAUCGAUAAAACUCAAACAGAAAGUCAUGAUAUAAAUUGUUCCAAAACUGAAACAAUAGACCUAAAUCAAAAUUCCGAAAAUCCUUCUACUGAAGUUCAAUCUAAUAGAACUGUUAAAACUUCACUGCAGAUCAAGCAUAAACAAACUAUAUCCAAGCGCGUGGUAAAUCGUAUACAAAAUAAGUUAAGAGCUCUUUCACCAUUUCGAUUACAGUCCCAACAAGAGGCAAAUUUUCAAAGUUAUAUUGGAACCGUUGACAAAAGCAAUAAUUCUAAAGAAGCAAAGCCAAAACUUACGGCUAAAAGUAAAAUAAUGUCUUCCCAAACUAAUGCACGUCGUUCAUCUUUAACUACUGACUCUCUUAAAGCAAAUCACAAGGAUGAUAACCAAAUCAAACGUAAACCCUCCGUAACGAAAGACAAUAUUCAUUUGGAGGAACAUUCCCAUAACAAGGUAAAUAGUUUACAAAGAAAUACAAGUCAACAAAGAUUAUCUCGGCAAAGUUUACGUUCUUCCAUAACCUCCACAAGAAGUAGUAACAUUUCACUUAAUGUUGUUGAAACAAAAUCGCAUAUGUCUUCUCGACGUAGAGCGAGUUUACAAUAUACCACAAAAGUUUCAUUAACUCAAGACAAUGAAAAAAAGUUGAGCUCUUCCAAACAUAUUCAACGUAGAUCCAGUUUUCCUUCUCUGAAUAACUCUGCAAAUGCUAUACAGCGAAGAGCUAGCUUGGCAUCCAACCGUUCUUCUACUACUACUACUGCUUCACAACUUCGAGAAUGUGGAAAAAUUAUUGGAACCUCUUCGACCAAUAAUACAGUCUCAAAAACAUCAUCAUUAAAAAAUAAAACCGGAAACCCGACAGAUCGUAGUAAAUGUAUAGGGAAAACUUUCUCAAAACCGGAAAGUACAAAUACUCCUUUAGGCAACAGUACCCAGCGGAGAGUGAGUUUACCUUCUAUAAAUACCUCCACAAAUACCGCACAGCGUAGAGCUAGUUUGACCAGUAGACAUUAUUCGCAAAAUUCCAAGAAAAUUCAAGAGUGUGAAAAAAGUAUUAACACAUCUUUGACCCAGAAGUCAACAUCAAAAACAGUGCUUAAGAAAACAUCCUUAACUACUAAUAAUAAACCCUCAAAUGUUAGUAAAAGCUCUUCCUUUAACACUUCAAAAGCCAAAGAGAUAGUACAACCAGCAAGCAGACGAAAUUCUUUAACUUCUAGCAAAAUAUCCAAUACAAAAAUUUCAAAUACCAACUCAAAUUUUGUGUCUAUGAAAGCUUCCUUAACUACUAAUAACAAACAUAUAAAUCCUAAUAAUAGUUCACUUCUAAACACUUUAAACACAGCACAGCAGUUGCAAACAGCAGGCAGAAGAGCUUCUUUAACUUCUUGCAAUAAAUCCUAUACAAAUCCUUCAUUACAAAGAGAAAACAUAAAAUCUUCUACCGCUAACUCGUCAACUUUUAAAAAUCGUAGAAAAAGCAUUGCUACCACCUCCAUAAUAAAUUCGAAUUAUGAAAGUGAUACAAUCAAUUCUUCCAAUCCAAAUCAACUUAAAUUCAAUUUGUCUUCCAAUCCCUUAACAAAAAAUACAGCACGAAGUGAUAGUAUUACUUCUAUCAAUACAUUAAAUUCAAUCCAAACUCGAAACAAUAUUGCAAAAACUUCCACUACAAAAUCUGCACAGCGGCGGAACAGUACAGGCAAAAUUUCGCGUAAUAAUCCGUCUAUAACUGAGCAAAGUUUUAAACGUCCUUGCAAAAAAUAAAUCAAUCGUUAUUCAACUGAUAUUUUUACCCAAACGAGUUGCUUAAUUUCCUAACGUCCAACCUCAAGUGACUUUCCUAAAGUUAAACCUCAACAGCUCUA